CAGGUUUUUCGUGCAGGGUAGAUGCUUGCCGAUCCCAUUAUCAACGCUGAUUCCAAUGGUUUCCUCUCUUGACAUUAUAUUAGAGCGUUGGUAGCAGUACAAGGAACCGGCCGCAAUCAUGUACACGACGAAGAAAUGGAUCUACGCGAAACCGUUCGUUAACGAGCCAACGUUGGACAAUUUCCAGCUAGUGGAAGAAGCCGUACCGGAGCUAGCCGAUGGAGAGUUUAUGAUUCGUGCCAUGUACCUGAGCGUCGAUCCGUACCAGCGUAUCUAUAUGCUGUCCGUCCCGGUCGGGAGCACCAUGAUCGGGGGCCAGGUUGGCCAGGUGAUUGCGAGCAAGAACAGCGCGUUCCCGGUCGGCUCGUACGCCUUCGCGCAAGUUGGCUGGAGCACGAUCUCCGUAUGCGAUCCGGCCAAGUUUGAAACGCGCAAACCGUACGUGCUGCCCGACCUGCACGGCCUGCCCCUGUCGCUUGGGGCCGGCGCACUCGGAACCGUCGGCAAUACGGCGUACUUUGGGCUGCUGGAAAUCUGCAAUCCCCAGCCGGGCGAAACGGUGGUCGUGAGCGGUGCGGCCGGAGCGGUCGGCAGUAUGGUGGGCCAGAUCGCCAAGAUCAAAGGGUGCCGGGUGGUCGGCAUCGCCGGAUCGGACGACAAAUGCCGGUGGCUGCGGGAGAUCGGGUUCGACGCAACCAUCAACUACCGGACGGACGAUAUAAAGGAGGCGCUGGCGCGUGCGGCCCCGGACGGCGUCGAUUGCUACUUCGACAACGUGGGCGGCCAGACGUCCGCCAUCGUGAAGGGGCAGAUGAAGAAGUUCGGCCGCAUUUCGGUGUGCGGCACCAUUUCGAUGUACAACAGCGAGCCGGCGAAGGUGGUCGAUCCGCAGCUGGACUUUGUCUGGAAGCAGUUGAUGCAGGAGGGGUUCAGUGUGCACCGGUGGACAGAUCGCUGGUUCGAGGGGGUGACGCAGAACCUGCAGUGGAUUCUGGACGGCAAAAUGCAGUACCGUGAAACGGUCACCGACGGAUUCGAGAACAUGCCCGCCGCCUUUAUCGAUAUGCUUAAGGGGGGCAACAUUGGGAAAGCGGUUGUUAAAGUUUGAACUAUAUACAAGCGGUGUUUGAAUAACCAUCGUUCCAUUUCGCAUUUUUUUUCCAUCCGAAAAAUCUCGGAAAGCCUACCAAUGCUCGAUUGUGGACAGGCGGGAACAGACAGCCGGAAGAU